AUGUACGUCCGCAACCCUCGUGGUCUGCUUGUGAGCGGCCUUACACUCUUCUCUGCGGCCGCCAAUGCGCAGAUUGCCACUCUGGAUCAAUUCUUCAACAAGACCACUUUCCCUAAUGAACAGACGGAAAACGUCACCAAAUACCUGAACGCAGCGGCCGACCUGGCCAAGACCUCCUUCUCCAUCUACCAGUACUACCAGGACUUCUGCAUCACUCAGCAGGUGUACCCUCCUCUCUUCCAGUUCCCCGCGGGAUUUGUCGACCCGUUCACUCCUUUUGACCGCCUCAUCUUCGUUGGCCACGCCUUCGUGUCCGCUUGGGCUUACGACACUGGCGACGGACUUGUGCUCAUCGACGCCCUCGACAACCCUGAAGAGAUUGAUGCAAUUCUCAUCCCUGGACUUGAGAAGUUCGGUUACAAGGGCUCUGACAUCAAGCAUUGCAUCAUUACCCAUGAGCACGUCGACCACUAUGGCGGCGCUAAGCACCUGAAGGACACCUACAACACCACACUCUGGGCUGCUGAUGCCGCGUGGACGAGCAUGGCCAACAUCACCUCUUCUCCCACACCGCCGUCCAAGGACCAGGUUAUCACCGACAACCAAGAGCUGACUUUCGGAAAUGUUACUACCACCGCCGUUCUUACCCCUGGCCACACCCCCGGAACUGUGUCUCUCAUCUUCCCCGUCUUUGACAAGGGCGUGCCUCACAUCGCUGGCAUGAACGGAGGCACCGGAAUCCCCCGUACCAAGGUCGAGAGAGAGCAGAAGAUUGUUUCCCAGAACCACUUUGCCGAUGUCGCCAGAGCGAAGGGUGUUGACACGCUCAUUUCGAACCACCAGAUCGCUGACCACUCUCUGUACCACGCCGACGUGCUCGCGCACCAGGCCCCUGAGACUCCUAACCCUUUUAUUAUCGGUGUUCAAGAGUUUGAGAACUACAUGCGAAUCAACGCGCUCUGCACCAAUGUUCUUGCUGCCAGACAAGGAAUGUUCUUGGAUGUUUAG